AUGUUGACGGACACGCCGAUGGUCGACAUCUUGGCGCUGCGGUAUCCUGCCAAGGUGUCGGUGAUGCUGUGGAAUGUCGGAACGGCCCUCGACUUGUAUCGCUUCGUCGUCCUCGGAGCAAGCGGCGUCGUGAAAGCCAAGAUCACGUGGAUGCAACUGCGUCGCGACGCCCAGAAGAUUCUUUUUGCACAAAGCACCCACUAG